CCCGCGGGGAGAGCAGCGCCGCGGGCCCCGCGCGCACCGGCCCCGCCGAGCCCGGCCCCGCCGAGCCCGACCCCGGGCGGCCGCGGCUGCUAUGCGGCUUCGCGGCGCACGGCCUGCACCGGGUUUGCGCUGACGCCUCCCGGACACCGACCCGGCUGAGGAUUAGGGAUACCAGCCGUGUGCAGGGGACCCUGAGGCACCAGAAAAGUGCCAGGUCUGCAAGGGAAGGGGUAAUGCGCCGUGCUGCAGCUGCUGCCUGCUGAGCCUGAGGAGGAGUUUUAGAACCUGCCUGGGACAAGAGCAGCACCCCAGUCCCAACGAGCAGCACUGAGCCUGCGAGACGGCGUAGCCCUCAAGCCAAGGAGACAUUGGGCCAAGCCUGAGAGGGGUCACGGGGCACGUCCUCCUUUGCUGACCCGGUGUCAAUUCCUGCCCUGACACCCCGACGGCACUGCCCUCACCCCCCGGCAGCCCCCUCCAGGGCUGCCCCCCACCCCGGCGCUGCCCAGCCUUGGCCCCCCAGCCCCGCUGGAGCGCGGCAGCCUGCCGGGCGCUGCCCCCCGGGCACUGCCCCCCGGGUGCAUCGCCCCCCGCCCCCCCGGGGACCCCCCGCCCGCCGGCAGAGCCAUGAAGCUGCAGGCGGUGAUGGAGAACCUGCAGCGGCAGCAGCGCGCGCGGCUGCAGCAGGCGCUGGAAGCGCGGCAGCAGGAGCAGCAGCCGCCGCCGCGCUCCACGUCCCCCGUGGCGCAGCCCCCGGGGCAGCCCCCUGCCAGCACCCCGGCCCGGGGCCGCGGGCAGGAUCCAGCCCCGGCGCCCUCGGAGGAGGGAGCGGAGCCUGAGAGCGCGCACAUCCAGCGGGCACAGAUGGCCGCCCUGGCUGCCAUGCGGGCGGCCGCCGCCGGCCUCAGCCACUCGCCCAGCCCGGGGCUGUCGGAUGAGAGCCAGGCCUCUGAGGAGGAGGAAGAGGAGGAGCGCGGCGAGGAGGAGGAAGAUGGCAGCGGGUACCAGCAGGAGAUGGGCUCUGAGGAGGAGGAGGAGCUAAAGGGCAAAUGGGAUGAAGAUGACUUUGAAGAGGACCUGGGCGAGGAGGAAGAGGAAGAAGAGGAGGAGGAGGAAGAGGAAGACUAUGAGGAAGAAGAAGACAUGGGAGAGGAAGGGCUCAGCUCAGCAGAGGCGGUGCGGGCGGGCGCGGGAUCCCUGCUGCUCCGCAAGCCCCCGGCACCCCAGCACUACCGGGGGGAGCCACCACGGCUGCCAGGGGGACAGGAGCGGCUGCCCCCCGGCCUGGGCCACGCUCAGCCCCCGCCACCAGCACCUGACCACGGCGACUGGACCUACGAGGAGCAGUUCAAGCAGCUGUACGAGCUGGAUGGUGACCCCAGGAGGAAGGAGUUCCUGGACGACCUCUUCAGCUUCAUGCAGAAGCGAGGCACCCCCGUGAACCGGAUCCCCAUCAUGGCCAAGCAGGUGCUGGACCUGUACAUGCUGUACACGCUGGUGACCGAGAAGGGAGGUCUGGUGGAGGUCAUCAACAAGAAGCUGUGGCGGGAGAUCACCAAGGGGCUGAGCCUGCCCACCUCCAUCACCAGCGCGGCCUUCACCCUGCGCACCCAGUACAUGAAGUACCUGUACCCCUACGAGUGUGAGAAGCGUGGGCUAAGCAACCCCAACGAGCUGCAGGCGGCCAUCGACAGCAACCGGCGGGAGGGCCGGCGGCAGGGCUUUGGUGGCUCCCUCUUUGCCUACUCACCCGGCGGCACGCACGGCCUCCUCUCCUCGCCCAAGCUGCCAGUGCCGGCGCUGGGGCUGGCAUCUGCCACCAACGGCGGGGCCAUCACGCCCGGCCAGAAGAUCAAGAAAGAGGAGGACUCUCCCAUCCCCAUCUCCAUGCCCAGCCGGCUCCCGGUCUCCCUGGCCGGGCACCCCGUGGUGGCCGCGCAGGCGGCCGCGGUGCAGGUGGCAGCGGCCGCCCAGGCUGCAGCGCUGGAGCAGCUGCGGGAGAAGCUGGAGUCGGGAGAGCCCCCGGAGAAGAAGCUGGCGCUGGUGACAGACGAGCAGCAGCGGCUGAUGCAGCGGGCACUGCAGCAGAACCUCCUGGCCAUGACGGCCCAGCUGCCCAUGAGCAUCCGCAUCAACAGCCAGGGCACGCGCUCGCCAGGUCAGUGCCGGCCCCGGCCGCCCGCCCCGGCCGAGCCCCCGGCCCCGGCGGGCUCCGUAACGCGGCUCUCCCCGGCAGAGAACCGCCCGGACGCCGCUGCCGCCAGCAGCAACGGCACCAACAGCAUCAGCAUGUCCGUGGAGAUCAACGGCAUCGUCUACACAGGUGUGCUGUUUGCCCAGACGCCCGGCCCUUCCUCCUCCUCUUCCUCCUCCUCCUCCUCUGCCUACAGCAAAGGCAACGGCGGCAGCAGCCGGAGCAGCGGCAGCAGCAGCGGGGUGGGGAGUGGCAGUGGUGGCACUGGGAACGUGCCCCCCGCCCCAGCCAGCCUGGCCGUGCCCCCCAGCUCUACCUCCAACAGCGCUUCGCCUUAACGCCCCAGAGCCUCGGGCCCCUGGUGGCACCGGCGGCCGCGGGGGGACGGGGCGGCACCGGGGCUCACCGGGGAUCCCAACAGGAUUUCACCGGGAUCUCACCAGGGUUUCACUGAGGUCUCACCGGGGUCUCAUCUCGCCCGAGUUUCUCCGGGGUCUCAUCCGGGUCUCGACGGACUCUGCCCUUUGUUCUCGUGUUGUUGGGUUUUCCUUUUCCAGGCAGAAAAGCUUUAGCCCGGGGGGUUUUGCCGGAGCCGCCGGCUGUCCGGCUGCGCCGCUCCGGGACCGUUUACCUCACUCACAUCACACUUUGCACUGUACAUUUAUUAUUAUUAUUAUUAUAAUUAUUAUUAUUUUUUAACUCGUGUUACCUCCAGACAGACGCACGGACGCCUGCUGACGCGAGCUCUAGCGAAACCCCCCCGGAAUUCUAAAGGAAAAAAAAAACCAAAAAUCCUAAAAAAAUCGGAAGUAGGGAGAUAUUAUUCAUUUCCAUCCUAUUCCCUCCUUUGUUUUGGGAACUCCACUCUCUGCAGGAUUUUAAGAGGUUGUUUUUGAUUGUUUUGUUGUAAAUAGCUUCUAUUUUAUUCUCUUAAAAAAAAAAAAAAAAAGAAUCAAACUUUUAACAUGCAAAUGAUAUAUAUUAGUCUUCAUCAGGGAAAAUGGGAGCUUGGAAAAAAGUUGGAAUCUCCUUUCUCCUCUCCUUAUCGGUGGUUGGGUCCAGCUCUGCUCAUUCCCCCACCGACAAAUCCUAAUUUUUAUUCCUCCCCCUGCAUAAAACUACUGUUUAAAGCCAGUUUGGGCUUAUUUCCUCCAAAAAACAAGCAGGAUCCAGAGGAUGGGGAUGCUCGGAGCUGCAGGACGCUCCGGAGCUCACGGGGAAGCCGAAGGACCUGAGGAUUUAUUUUAAGCCUCACAAUCUCAAUUUUUUUUUUUUUUUUUUUUUUUUUUUUUUUACGAUUUCCCCUUCCUCCUCCUCCCACCCCCAAAAAAUAAAUUUCACCCACAUCUGCGUGAGACACAAUCCAACCUGAUACCGAAACCCCCUCACCCCCCUCGGUAUCUCCGUUCUCAGGUUCCCACCUGGAGCACAGGGUUUUUCCCCCUUCCCCAGGUGCCCCCCGGGGUGGGAGGGGGUCCAGGCUGGUGGGACCUCCCCCCCCCCCCCCCAGUACCUUUAUUUUUAAUUUCACUCGGGGAAGUGGCGAUCUCAGGGGAUUUGGGGUUUUUUUUCCAGCUGUUUUUUUUUGUUGUUGUUGUUUUCAGCAGGUUGUUUUUUUUUCUGUUUUCUUCUGUGCUGGAAUCCCCUUGGUGGCUCCGUGGGGAGGGGUCUUGGUGGCUCCAUGGACCCUUUUUUGGGGGGGCCUGGGAGGGUCCGUCCAGCUCCUGCUGCUGUUGGGGUCCAGCCCAGCUCUCCUUAAGGAAAAAUUCCAAGGGGGAAUUUUCAUGCCCAGGGCAGGCUUAGAUUUUCUUAGUGAUUUUUUUGCAUUGUACAGUCACUAUUUUGGGUUGUUUUGGGUUUUUUUUUCAAUUAUUUUCCCUCCCCUCCUUUUCCCUGCCCCCCCCCCCCCCCCCCACCCUUUUAUUUUUGUUUUUGAGAGCGGGUGACUUUCCACUUUAUUUUUCUUUUUUGCAUAUCGAUUUAAAAAUAAUAAAAAAGAGCCUAAAUCAGUUUUUUUGGGGGGGGUUUGGAAAGAAAACUAAACUAAAGGAGCGGCCCCAGCUGCAGCCGCCCCCCUCCCCCCAGCGUUGCAUAUCUUAACUCAGGUAAAAAAGGAAAAUGAGAAAAGAAAAAAACCACAAAAGACAAAAAAAAAGAAAAAAAAGGAAUAAAAAAAUAAACCACAUUCUACCUCUGAGCGCGGUGGCCUCGGGCGCACCCGGGGCCCCGGUGAAAGAUUUCAGUUUUGCAAAACAUUCAGGUAUUGAGACUUUUUGAUUAUUAUUAAAAAAAAAUUUAAAAAAUUAAAAAAAAAAAAAGAGAAAAUAAACUUAAAAAA